AUGGCGACUGCGAUGACUUGAAUGAGUUCAGUCCACAGUUGGAGCAAAGCAGACGCGGUCGACUUGGGCACAGACAGGCGGACACGGACCCCGGCGAAGGCCUGUCCCGUCACGGUACAUGAAGGCAGCCAGCCAGGUGUGUCUGCUAGCCUCGGGGCUAACCGUGUCAUGACGGCUGGAGAGAUUUGGAACACAUCUGUGCGCCGUUGCAGCGAGAGGCAGCAACACCCUGUUUUCGGAAGCUUCCCAGGAGGGUCGCUUUAAAUCUCGGUCUACCAGCCUUUUCUACCAACACCGGACCUUUCGUGGUUUAUCGCCAUGGCUGAGAGGACCUCAGCCGGUUUGCUGUCGAUGAUGUUGGAUCCCACGCCGGCUGUCGCGAUGACUCUGCCGGUGGAGGUUCGUGAGAAGCUGGCGGAGCUGGAGCUGGAGCUCUCCGAAGGCGACAUCACUCAGAAGGGCUAUGAGAAGAAAAGAAGCAAGCUGUUAGCACCAUACAUCCCACAGAUACAAGGCGUAGAUCCUUCUCUGCAAAUCGACAAUCGGAUUCAAGUUUCAUCCCAGGCCGGCCUUCCUGUUCCAAAAAACAACAAAUCUCGGGCUGCCAAUACCAGGGAUGAACGUUUCAGAUCUGAUUUGCACACAGAAGCUGUCCAGGCAGCACUGGCGAAGUACAAAGAGAGGAAGAUGCCCAUGCCAUCAAAGAGAAGAUCUGUGUUAGUUCAGUCCUCAGUGGAGGCAUGCACCCCACCAGACACCUCCUCUGCCUCAGAAGACGAAGGCUCGCUACGCCGCCAGGGACGUCUGGCCACCUCCACGCCUUACCAGGGCCACAGCCACCCCGCUGUGGAGCACUGGUUUAAUCGUGUCAUCCAGGGCUCGUCCACCUCAUCGUCCGCAUCAUCCACCUCAUCUCACCCAGGCGGAAGAUCAGUCACCAACAGCACUGCCCACGCUGUUCUCAACGCCAACGCUGCGGCCACUGCGCUUGCCGACCUCAUGGCGCACACACACAUAGAUAACCACACAGCUCCCCCCGAUGUGACAGGGCUAUCGGAGCGCUCCUCCCUCCACACCGAGCAGCCUCAGGUUGCCUCAGUGCGAGGCGUCUCCCGUGUCCACAAUCACCACACCAGCAUCAUGGAGACAGCAGAUGGGGUUGAGUGGAGAAAAGAAGGAUCCCUCAAUUUAACGGAUGGUGUUCCUGUCAACAGCCGAGUCUCCUCCAAAAUCCAGCAGCUGCUCAACACACUGAAAAGACCAAAGCGACCUCCUUUGAGAGAGUUCUUUGUUGAUGACUUCGAGGAGCUUUUAGAUGUCCAACACCCAGAUCCCAACCAGCCAAAACCAGAGGGCCAACAAAUGAGUCCUUUGGAAGGGGAGCCUCUCGGGGUGGGCACGAACUGGCCUCCCUCUCUGACAGCAGCCUUACAACGGUGGGGCACCACCCAGCCCAAGAGUCCCUGCCUGACAGCGCUUGACAAUGCUGGCAAGCCUGUUUACACCCUCACUUACGGAAAACUGUGGACUCGCAGUCAAAAACUAGCCUACACGCUUCUAAAUAAGUUGAGCACCCGAAAUGAGCCGCUACUUGUGCCAGGAGACAGAGUUGCGCUUGUGUUCCCCAACAAUGACCCAGUAAUGUAUAUGGUGGCCUUCUAUGGAUGCCUCUUGGCUGAGCUGGUGCCUGUCCCCAUCGAAGUGCCACUCACCAGGAAGGAUGCGGGGAGUCAACAGAUUGGCUUCCUGUUGGGUAGCUGUGGGGUGACUUUGGCCCUGACCACCGAUGCCUGUCAGAAAGGGCUGCCCAAAGCACAAACAGGAGAAGUUGCCACGUUCAAAGGCUGGCCAAGGUUGCUCUGGUUCGUGACAGAUGGCAAACAUGUGGUCAAGCCGCCGAAAGACUGGCAUCCUCCGAUCAGAGAAGCCAGCAAUGACAUAGCUUACAUAGAAUACAAGACCAGCAAGGAAGGAAGCACCAUGGGGGUUACAGUGUGCCACUCCGCAAUGCUGGCUCAUUGUCACACCCUCACACAGGCCUGCGGCUACACUGAAGCUGAGACCAUCACUAACGUCCUGGACUUCAAGAGGGAGGCUGGUUUAUGGCAUGGAGUUCUGACAAGCGUCAUGAACAGGAUGCAUGUGAUCAGCAUUCCUUACUCUCUAAUGAAAGUCAACCCACUGUCCUGGAUACAGAAGGUUCACGCAUAUAAAGCAAGAGUAGCAGUGGUGAAGUCCAGAGACAUGCACUGGUCACUUUUGGCACAAAGAGAUCAGCGAGACCUCAGCCUGAGCUCACUGCGGAUGCUGAUCGUAGCAGACGGAGCAAAUCCAUGGUCAAUAUCUUCCUGUGAUGCCUUCCUGAACGUGUUUCAAGCACGUGGACUGCGACCUGAGGUGAUCUGCCCAUGUGCUGGCUCCUCAGAAGCGCUCACUGUCGCCAUCCGAAGACCUCCAGAGAUGGGCGUUCCUCCACCAGGCAAGGCGGUGCUGUCCAUGGGAGGCCUGAGCCAUGGUGUGAUCCGUGUAGACACUGAGGAGAAACUCUCUGUCCUGACCGUGCAGGAUGUGGGGCAGGUCAUGCCUGGCGCUCUGGUCUGUGUGGUUCGGGUGGAUGGGACUCCGUAUCUCUGUCAAACGGACGAGGUGGGAGAGAUCUGCGUGAGCUCAGGAUACACUGGUGUUGCCUAUUACGGCCUCCCGGGGAUGACCAAGAACACCUUUGAGACUGUGCCUGUAAACUUAUCUGGAGUCCCAAUCAGUGACAGACCCUUUACCAGGACUUCACUGCUGGGCUUUGUGGGGCCGGACAGCCUGGUGUUCAUUGUGGGAAAGAUGGACGGGCUGAUGGUGGUCAGUGGACGGAGGCACAACGCUGAUGAUGUGGUGGCAACAGCUUUGGCAGUGGAACCCAUGAAGUUUGUGUACAGGGGAAGAAUCGCUGUCUUUUCUGUGUCGGUGCUGCAUGAUGAGAGAAUAGUUGUUGUGGCUGAGCAGAGACCUGACGCAUCUGAAGAGGACAGCUUCCAGUGGAUGAGCCGUGUCCUCCAGGCCAUAGACAGCAUCCACCAGGUUGGGGUUUACUGUCUGGCGCUGGUGCCUGCCAACACACUCCCCAAAGCUGCGCUUGGUGGCAUCCACAUAUCUGAGACUAAACAGCGCUUCCUGGAGGGCGCCCUGCACCCCUGCAAUGUCCUAAUGUGCCCUCACACAUGUGUUACCAACCUGCCCAAACCCAGACAGAAGCAGCCAGAGGUCGGCCCUGCCUCCAUGAUCGUUGGCAACCUGGUGGCUGGCAAGAGAAUUGCGCAGGCUUGUGGCAGAGAUAUGGGUCAGCUGGAGGACAAUGAACAGUUCCUCUACAUUCAGGAUGUGCUGCAGUGGAGAGCUCAGGCGACUCCAGACCACCCACUGUUCAUGGUUCUGAACGCAAAGGGCACUGUGGCGAGCUCAGCUUCCUGUCUCCAGCUUCAUAAGCGCGCAGAGCGCGUGGCUGCAGCUCUGUCUGGCCGCCUCAACACCGGCGACCACGUGGCACUCGUCUAUCCGCCUGGAAUCGACUUGAUUGCUACGUUCUACGGCUGCCUGUAUGCCGGCUGCGUCCCUGUGACCGUCAGACCCCCCCACCCACAGAACCUUGCCACAACUUUGCCCACCGUCAAGAUGAUUGUUGAGGUCAGUAAGUCGGUGUGCAUCCUGACCACACAAGCAAUAAUGAAGCUACUCAAAUCCAAAGAAGCAGCAGCUGCUGUAGACAUCAAGAGCUGGCCCAUGGUGCUGGACACAGAUGACCUCCCUCGGAAGAAGAGCCCCCAGAUGUACAAGCCCCCGACCCCAGAAAUGUUGGCUUAUCUGGACUUCAGUGUUUCUACAACCGGCAUACUAGCAGGGGUCAAGAUGUCUCACACUGCCACUAGUGCCUUGUGUCGCUCCAUCAAACUCCAGUGUGAGCUGUACCCUUCGCGGCAGAUUGCCAUCUGUCUGGACCCUUAUUGUGGCCUGGGCUUUGCUCUGUGGUGCCUCUGCAGCGUGUAUUCAGGCCACCAGUCCAUCCUUGUUCCACCUCUGGAGCUAGAGACCAACGUGUCCCUGUGGUUGGCGGCAGUGAGCCAGUACAAAGUGCGCGUCACCUUCUGUUCUUACUCAGUGAUGGAGAUGUGCACCAAGGGGCUGGGCUCACAGACUGAAGCGCUCCGGCUCCGAAAUGUGAACCUGUCCUGCGUGAGAACCUGCAUGGUGGUGGCGGAGGAGAGGCCGCGUAUAGCCCUGACACAGUCCUUCUCAAAAAUCUUCAAGGAUUUGGGGCUCUCGCCGCGGGCCGUCAGCACCACCUUCGGCUGUCGGGUCAACGUGGCCAUUUGUCUGCAAGGCACUGCUGGACCAGACCCCACCACCGUGUACCUGGACAUGAAGUCUCUGAGGCACGACAGGGUUCGCCUGGUGGAGAGGGGCUCGCCACACAGCCUCCCGCUAAUGGAGUCCGGGAAGAUUCUUCCUGGGGUGAAGGUUAUCAUCGCCAACACGGAGACUAAAGGGCCUCUGGGAGACUCCCACCUGGGAGAGAUUUGGGUGAGCAGUCCUCACAAUGCCACCGGCUACUACACUGUUUACGGGGAGGAGGCCCUGCACGCGGACCACUUCAACACCAAGCUGAGCUUUGGCGACACUCAGACUGUCUGGGCCAGGACGGGAUACCUGGGGUUCCUCAGGCGCACGGAGCUGACGGACGCCAGCGGAGAGCGGCACGAUGCCCUCUAUGUGGUGGGAUCUCUGGAUGAGACCCUGGAGCUGAGGGGAAUGAGAUACCAUCCCAUCGACAUCGAGACGUCUGUGAUCCGCUCUCACAAGAGUAUCGCUGAAUGUGCGGUGUUCACAUGGACGAACCUGCUGGUGGUGGUGGUGGAGCUGGAGGGGUCGGAGCAGGAGGCCUUGGACUUGGUGGCGUUGGUCACCAAUGUGGUUCUGGAGGAGCACUACCUCAUCGUUGGAGUGGUCGUGGUCGUGGACCCUGGUGUCAUCCCCAUCAACUCUCGAGGGGAAAAACAGCGCAUGCACCUGAGGGACGGAUUCCUCGCCGACCAACUGGACCCCAUUUAUGUGGCCUACAACAUGUGAGGUGCCGAGGAAGCCAGCUCAACAGACCUUUGAGAAUAUUUAAACACGCAACGAUCGCGCCGACAUGAUGCGCUUUACCGUCUUAUUUUCAAAAACAUGAAUGUUUAGUUUUGUUGCUGUUCAGUUGAUCAUUAGAUGCCAUAUCUGGUGGAAUGAAUAAAAGUUGUUUGGACUUGGGAUUUAAAAACACCAAGCAAUGAGUUUGAGCCAGAAGAAAUCAAACAUAUUUAAAGCCACUUUUGCAUCUCACAACCCACAACAUUCUGCGUGAUUAAACACUAAUGUGUGUAUUUAGCAUAUUUAUGUCCCUCCAGUUAAUCUUUAUUUAUUAAAGAACCCCAGUUUAAAAUGUUUUGUUCUCAAUGUUGGCACGAAAGAGAUUAAUUUAUUAUUAAUAUCUGAUAAAAGAUAUUAAACAAUAAAUAUUGAUUUUUGAUUGGAGAAAAUGUGAGGCACAAACAUCCCCUUUUUUUUAUUCUGAUGCUGGACCGAGCUCUGACCACAAGGGGGCUCUGGUUUCUAGUUUCAUAUUUUGAACACUGACGAGAAGUAUUUAUUACAUGAACGGUUUUAACUUGGAAUGGUGGCUCUGUCCUAUGAGUCUUUUGGGAUUAUGCAGUUAUAUAUUCCUGCCACUGCAGUUUAUGCUUUGCCAUUUUGUAGUCUCUAAUCUGGAAGUCCACAUCUCACUUUCAUAACUGAAAGCGGAGGUUGUUGAAGUUUCAGCUGCACUUUGACUGGACGGUUACUUCAACUUGACUGCACGUUAUCCACCCAGAAAAUCCCUGUCAGCCUUUUUUCAGCUUGUAAAUAGCAAAACUGCAGUAAACAAGGUUCACAAACAAAUUCCCAAAUUUGUAUUUCUGAUUUUCUCACUAAAAAUGGCUUCAAAAAUACACCACUCACCCAAUACUGUUUGAAAUAACCGUUUGAAUGUCGUUGUUGUUUAGCGCUCAUAAUCCUGUUUGUACCUAACAAAUGUGUAAGAUAGUUAUUUUUAUCAGACAAAAAUGCAAUAUGAUGGAAGGGGACGUCCCUGAAGUGCGGUCGAUCAGUUCCAGGUGGCGCUGGAGAAGCCCACUUUGCUAAACAUGCCAAACCACGUGAAUUAAGCCUUAAGUGUUUUUUGUCAAACUGCUAUUCCACUUCCUGUUGAACUUCAUUUUCGGAAGUUUCCUCGGCUGCUGGAUUAGCGAGGGAAUACGCUGGCUGAAGCUUCCCAUGCAACACUCCACCGACGACUCCAUCAACGGUCGAAUGUGUAUUUUUAUAUCAAGACAGUUGAGCGCUCUUGUCGCAUGUACAGUUUCGAACAUCAGACCGCAUAUCUUCGGAAUGCUCCUGCGUUCUCUGUAAUUAUGUACAGUUUUUUUUUUGUAAAUUAUUAUAAGACGCCGAUGGAACUUCAGCGAGGACGCUAGCCGUGCACCUCUUGACUCCUCCAGAGGAUCCCUCUCGGGUCAACCACGGAAAGAUUCAUCUGUCUGAUUUGUGUUUGGUCAUUUUUAUUUUCAUAAUGUUUUCAUAAUGAAUAAAAUGCUUUUAACUGGACUCUGACGUGGCUGAUGUUUUCG